AUGUCGGACCACAACGAUGGAGGCAAGAAGCAGAGCAGACACUCAGAUGCCAGUUCGCCCUUGCCGCGAGACUCGGGUGUGCUAGGGAGCCAAGUCAGCGGUGGGGGUUCAUUCACCACUCUGCAAGGAGGCGGUCUGAAGCCGAACAGUUCCACCGCAGCGGAAGUGCUUGAGCUCAAACAGAUGUUGGCCUCUGCCAAGGAAGCCCUCUCCCUCCAAAAACAGGAGGUGCAAAAUAUGCAGAACGAUGUUUAUACAAAAGAGGGAGAGAACUCAAUCCUCCGAGGCAAACUCAAGGACAGCUCAGAGCAGUUUGAGGUGCUGCGUAACGAG